AUGGACGGCCAAAGCCAACUCUCCAACGCCAACUCUCAGCGUCGCAGACUUGUCAAAAAACCACCCUCCGGUCACCAAUAUACCCGAUCCUCGGGUGGCCUAGAUGGUGGCAUUGACGCCCUGUCUCUCCAGAGCCAACGUAGCUCCACGAGUCUGAAGCGAGCUCCCAGCGCUCCACCCCCAAGGUCGACCCCUCCGAACGCGUCCAACAGCUCCUCCCCUCGUCACCUACCCUCCGCCCAGUUCUCGAACCCGUCACCCAUACUACCCCAGGGUCAAUUUACACCGAAUUCCUAUUACAACCCUGCCGCCGCUCGUCAUAACGAUCGCUCGUCUGAUCCAAACGAUCGCAUCCCCCGGGAAUCCGACGAGUUCAUCGGCGCCCCGUUUGACGGCGCUGCUAUCCUAAACCGCAUCGAACAGACCAAGUCCCCGGGCGGACAGCACGCCCACGCCUUCCAUCGGCCUCACGUCCCCCCGCCUCUUAUCAAGUCUAAGACAGAUAUCCGCGGCAUGAGCCCGGCCCUCCGACAAUCAGCAAGCUUCACCUCGGCCGAUCCCAUCAUGUCCGAGAAGCUGCAGGCAAGUCGGGCGAUGGACCAACAAGUCGUCACUCCCAAAAGGUUCUCAGACGAAGCAAAGGAGCCCAGGGUGGGCGUCCUUCGCAAAAAGUCGGGCUUCUCUGGUUUUGUCAACAGUCUCGUUGGGUCUCAGAAGAAACCCAUCAUCUCCGCCCCCGAAAAUCCCGUCCAUGUCACACAUGUGGGCUAUGAUAGCACAACGGGGCAGUUCACUGGUCUCCCGAAGGAAUGGCAGCGACUCAUCAACGAGAGUGGCAUCCCCGAAAAGGAGAGGCGAGAGAACCCCCAAACUAUGGUGGAUAUCCUCAACUUCUACAAGGAGACGACAGAAAGACCGCCCGAAGACCAGGUCCUGGACAAAUUCCACGAUGCGCGUGCCCCAGCAUACGGCCAAUACGCCGCCAGUCCCGGCCCGGGAAGUGCAUUGUCGCCAGCCGCGUAUCCGACAGCGAAUUAUAUGGGAUCCUUCGAAAACCCCAGGCAGCCGCCUCCCGUACCCAGUCGCGGGCUCGGUCCGGGCAAGGACGUCAACAUGAUGCCUAGCCGGCCUGCACCGAGGCCACCGGUGAGCUUAACGUCGCGCGUUGCAACCCAAGCACCGCAGGCAGCCAAGGACUCAGGCAUCGGCAUGGCCCAGGCGGCAGAGGACCUACCGGCCGCCGCCUACGUUCCUCCCAAAGAACACACCUCCAUGCUGCCCGAGGAGCACCGAUCGAGAUCACGAUCAAACUCCAAGAUCAAUGGGAAUUCGCCGCUCAUGCCCUCCACGCCGCAGCCACAGGGGCUUGCAUCUCCGCCACCAUCAGCGCAAGCCAUGGCGUACCAGCAGCAGCUACUGCAACAACAGCAGGAGCAGGCCUUGGCUCAGGCGCAAGCUGCCAUGUCUGGCCAGAUUGGACGUGCCCCUAGCAAACGACAACCUCCGAGUCUCCAGCAGCCCAUCCAGAGCCCCCAAGCCGCUCAACAGCAAUAUCCUCAAGCCGCUGGCGUACCUGGCCCUCAGGGUCAACAGCGCUCGAACGUCGGCGUUCCUGGCCAGCCAGGCUCAAGACCGCGCCACCGAGCCCGACCCAGCAACGGUAUUGAUAUUGUGGCCGCCCUCAAGCGCAUCUGUACCGAUGGGGACCCGCGCGAGGUGUACCGCAGUCUUAACAAGAUUGGCCAGGGCGCUUCUGGUGGUGUCUUUACCGGACAUGAGCGCGGUACGAACCGCCUUGUCGCCAUCAAGCAGAUGAACUUGGAACAACAGCCCAAGAAGGAUCUAAUCAUUAACGAGAUUUUGGUCAUGAAGGAAAGCUCGCAUCCCAACAUCGUCAACUUCAUCGACAGCUAUCUUGCCGGCGGCGAACUUUGGGUUGUCAUGGAAUAUAUGGAGGGAGGAAGUUUGACCGAUGUUGUUACGUUCAACAUGAUGACGGAGGGACAGAUCGCCUCGGUGUGCAGGGAGACGCUGAAGGGUCUACAACACCUGCACUCAAAGGGCGUUAUCCACCGUGACAUCAAGUCGGACAACAUACUCCUCUCCCUCGAGGGCAACAUUAAGCUGACUGAUUUCGGUUUCUGCGCCACUAUCAAUGAAGCUCAGAACAAGCGGACAACCAUGGUCGGCACUCCUUACUGGAUGGCUCCCGAGGUCGUCACCAGGAAGGAGUACGGACGCAAGGUCGACAUUUGGUCGCUCGGCAUCAUGGCCAUUGAAAUGAUUGAAGGCGAGCCUCCGUAUCUGACAGAGUCACCCUUGCGUGCACUCUGGCUGAUCGCCACCAACGGCACGCCCGCCAUCAAGGACGAGAGGGAUCUCUCACCUCUCUUCCGGGACUUUCUCUACUUCGCUCUCAAAGUUGACCCGGAAAAGAGAGCCAGUGCCCACGAUCUCCUGAGGCAUGACUUCAUGAAGCAGUGCGUUGACCUCGCACAGCUUUCUCCUCUUGUGCGUGCCGCGCGUGAAGCACGACAGCAAGAGAAAGCAAGGAAAGCCAACUAG